AUUUUAUAAUCAAUACUGUACAAAUAAACAAAUAAAUAAGAAACAAGUUAAUUAUUGUUUAUUAAAGGAUUGGGAUAACUCAAAAAUAUUUAUUCAUGUUAAAGUGAUGAGUUUUACAAGAUCAAAAAACGAUAUAAAAAGUGGCGGUGGAUUAAUAGCGAAUUUAAUUAAUUUCGAUGUAAAAAAUAAAAAUUGUCCUCUUAAACAAAAUGUACCGGUUAAAAGGAUUGGUGGUCUUUUCCUAUCGGAUCACGGUGUUAAAGUUGGAAUUCCACCAUAUGCAUCUACUGGACGUCGUGAACGAAUUCUUUGUGGAGCGUUUCCAAGCACGGCCAGAGGAGUUAUAGGACCUUGGUUAGGUCCAGAUAUGCGAAUGGCAAGUGAAGUACAUAUGUUAUAUUCGCCUGUCAAAUUCAGAAUGCCAGUUGCUGUAUUUAUCCCUUUCUCUUUUGCUGCUACCCGUGAAAUGUAUCAUCCAUCCGGAUCCAUUAAUAUACCAUUUGAAAGCUUAAAAAGACCUGAUUCUAAAAGUUCAUUGCAUAAUGGUAUUCAAUCAAGUAAAACUUCAGCUAGACUAAGAGGAAAACCACCAUACUUAAUGCAUUUUGGUGAUCAUCUUUCAACAGUACCUAGUUUGAUUAAUGCUAGAAGUGUUUCAUUACUACAAUGCCGUCUUGGAGAUGAUUGCUGGCAUGUAGUGAAAGAAUUUACGAUUGUUCAACCAACGAUUCCUUAUGUCGACUGGCCAUUAGAAGCUUGUGAAUUAACGUUACAAACAAGUCGAUGGUCAGUAAAUAGUACUACUUCAGAGAAUUCCUCUUCGCUUCCAAUAAAACUGGGACAAUUAUUAUUGAAGAAAAGUAAUUUGGACAGUGCUAGAGUUAAACAAAAUUAUAAUCGAUCAGAAGAUGAAAAACUACCGUAUGAUUUUGCGAAUAAAAUCGAAAACUAUUGUGGUGGUGUUUACAUUUACACAGAAGAAUUAAAUCAUUGUUAUAUGCUGGUGAACUCAACCAAAGCAGAACAAUUUUGUAUCAGUCCUAAUGGUGGAUUCUUUUUAUCUCCAUUACUUGAUCCAUUCUUGUCUGUACGUAUACCAAAACGCGUCUGUCCUACUUUUGAACAAACUAUUUUCAAAAAAAUAGAAAUAAGAAAUACUUGGUUGAAUUCAGCAUAUCAAUUUGAUUCUCAAUUCAAUGAAAUUGAAGGUUGUUCUAACAUUUUUGAAUUCCAACUACAAGAUACAGAGUUGAAAAGACCUGCAACAAUACACUUACCAUUACCACAAUGGUACAUUGAUAAAUUUAACAAAUCAUUAGAUUCUUUGGAACAAACUAAUAUAAAUGUAAAUGUAAUUGAAAUGGAUAGUUUACCAGGUGUACCUGCUUAUCAUGUAAAAAACUCAAAUGUAAAAUUAUCUAAUGAGGAUAGGAGAUUAUUUCUUUUGUUUCAACCAUCUGGAUAUAUAAAACAAAUUGUAUGGCAAAGUGCUAAAGUUAAGGAGAUAAACGAAGAAGAAAUAUUUAAGACAAAACUAUUUGAAAAUGUUGAUUGUAUGGAGUCUUUGAAUUUCUCGAAAUGUAAAAUAGAUAAUAUUUUUAUACAAUUAGGAUGGCCAUAUCUGCUAGUUGGCAUAAGAGGUGGAUUGUGGAAAACAAUGAAACAAUCAGUUUAUUAUACAAAAAGAACUAUUUCAUUUGAUACAACAGUUUUAGGAAGAUUUGUACUGAUCGGAGUACAGCAUUCAGACCGCAAAACAAGUGAUAAAUUAGAGCAUUUAAUGACACAAAUUGAAUCGUUAGCGUAUGCUCCACCCGGUGCAAUAUUGAUUUGCUUACAUUUAACUGCAAAUAAUUGGCAAAUUAUGGCUAACGUUUAUCCUGAAGAAAGAUUAGAAGAAGUUAUCGAAAAACUAAUAUCAAAUGGUUUUAUUCCACUUGUUCAAGUUUGUACUGGAGUAGUCAGGAAAGCAAUAGGAUUAAAUAAUGCAAUCUUACAAACAAUAGAAUAUAAUCGAAAUGUUAAAAAUGAAAAAGCAAAUAGAAUAAAAUAUUAUCGUAUAACUGGAUAUGAUAUCAAUCAUAUUUUAAUGUUGAAUGGUUUAUGCUUAGAAUUACGUUUUAAUGGUGAUAUACAAAUAAAACCAACUAGUCAAUUUGAUCCAUAUACAAAAUGUAUUCAUAGUAAACAAAAAGACCUAUUGAUCAAUAAUUCCACAUCUUCUGAAUUGAUAACAUUAGAAAAAAAUGAAACAUUUGAAUUAUCAGAUAUUAAUUUUGACCUUGAUAUUAAGUUGAAUAAACAAACUGAUCAAAUAAAAGAUGAAAUAAAACCAGAAAAAUUGUCACAUACAGAAUUAUUAAGUAAACAUGCAAGAAUACAAUUACAUGAAUUGAUGUCAGAUACAUCAUGUAUUGUUGAAAUUGAACCAAUGGAAUCCUUGGAAGAAAAAUAUUCUGAACGCAGUGCUAUAAAAUUACAGUACCUAACGGAAUUGUUAAAUAAACCUACUCCUCAGGAUCCAUCUUACCAGAAUGAAGAUGAACCCAAUGACAACGUUGAUGAAUUUAUAGAAGAUUCUGUUCCAGAAAAUGAAGACACAAUGAAAACACUCGAAAAUAAUAAAAAGUUGAAUGUUACAACUGCAGAAAACAAAUCACUAAAAGACCAGACAUAUUCACCGACAAUCAUUAAUCAAGAUUUAUUUAAUCGUUUCGAAACUAUUCUAGAAAAUAGUGAAAUACGUAGGUCUAGUGAAUUUAUAAUGAAAAUAUAUGAAUUAUAUCAUGUUGGAACUGUUGAAAUUUGGCUAGUUCCACCAUAUGAUAUGCCACAACUUGAAGUUAAAGGAGACAACGAGCCACAGGAGAAACAACCAGAAACGAAAAAUCACCUUAGUGUAUCUGCUCACAAACCGGACGUAAGAAGUGUUAGCAAUUAUGAAAAUGUUAGACCACAUACAAAUAAGGAGUUCACACCACCUACAUCGCCCAAAGCUCGACCUAAAUCUUCGUUUCCUCAAACACGACAGCCCAAAGCUAUUCCAGAUGACAGUGUUGGAUCAUAUAAGAAUCAAAAGUUACAUGUAAUUCGUUUAAACACUGUCUGUGGAAUAGAAAUAGCUAAAGAAAAAUCUCCAUCUGGUGUGAUAAUGGAAGAUUUCCCUUGGGAUUUAAAAUCACCUUUGGCUACCUACGAUAUUAUGAUUGAUCCUGAUAUCGUUUCUAAUUAUUUAAGGGUAAAGUCAUUCAAAUCUAAAAAUCUAAAUAGUACUGGAAUUCCAAAUGAUGGUUUAGGAAAAUCUGCGAGAAUUAGUUCUACUAUGGUGCCAAAAGAAAUCAACAGAAGUCAAAGUGGUCUAAAUUCAAGUGUUGGGAGAAAUUUAUCGAAUUUACGAUCCAUAAAUCGUGGUAUUAUUAGUGCCAGGUCUUUAAAUGCAAAUGCUCCAAGAAAAAAAACGGGUUGAAUUCAGGAAAAGAAAUUCAAACAAACAAUAAAUAAUAACAAUGGAUUUCAUCGUUUAUUUAUUGUUGAAUACACUACCACUUCAUGAUACUAAUUCUUAACUUGUGUAAAAUAACAUUUCGAGUAGAGUAAUAAUUACUCGCUGAUGAAGUAAUAUUAGUAGUGAUAUAAUGUAUUACUUAUAAAAUAUGUUACUUUAUAUGAUGUAAAGUUGAAUAUGGUUUAAUUUAACUACUAUGCUUGGGGUUAUUUUCCGAUGAAUGAACAGUAAGUCCUUCAUAACCUUUUUUUAAAUUGUAGAUAAAAUAAUGAAAAAAUAAAAUAGUAGAACCACUUUUUA